AUGCCAUCAAACAAAAAUAGCAACAAAAAUGCCAGCCUUCCCCAAAUAUCCAUUUUUCUCCUUAUUUUAAAUUUUUUAAUUUUUUCCUCUAUUUUUCCCCUUCUAAAAGCUAAUAGACAAACAAAAAUGGCAGAUUGGCUUUCCAACAAAAAUGUUUUUAAUAAUGAGGAAGCUGAUAAUGUUGAGGAACCCCCUUCCAACCCUUCCACCAACUCCUUUAUUGAAGACUUUAUUAAACCCAUUAUUGGCCCCAUUCGUUCCGCUGCUAUCCCUUCACGUCCAAAUAUUCUUGUUUUGAUGGUGGAUGAUUUAGGCUAUGGGGACCUACAAAGUUAUGGCAACCCAACACAAGAAUGGACACCUGUGGAUGAUUUAAUGGCCGAGGGUGUUAGGUUUACUAAUGCUUAUGCAGCUGAUUCUAUGUGUAGUCCGAGUAGAGCUGGGUUUAUGACUGGCCGUCUCCCCAUCCGUCUAGGAAUUGUUGGCGGCAAUCGUGUUUUCCUAGUCACAGACACAGGUGGCCUUCCCAAAGACGAACCAACAAUGGCUGAAAUGUUAAAAUUAAAUGGUUACCAGACGGGAAUGGUUGGAAAAUGGCAUUUGGGGAUUAAUGCUUUUAAUCAUUCUGAUGGUACUUAUUUACCUGGAAGGAGAGGAUUUGACUUUGUUGGAUUAAAUUUGCCUUUUACAAACAACUGGGAGUGUGACGAAACUAAAGAUUAUUUUACUAGUGGGCCUAACCCGCUGAAAUGUUUUUUGUACAGUGGAGAUAAGGUGAGGAAGAGGGGGAUUGGUGUUGAGGGUUACGGUAUUCUCUCUGUUUAA